UACCGCCAUUCUCAGACAUUCUCUCUUUGCAAACCUAGUGCUCUCCGCCGAUCUCCAUUCUCCUCAAACACCGCCAUCUCUGCCAUCUCCGCAGUCAGCCCAGUGCUCUCCGCCGACCGUCCUCUUUCCGCGUCCAAUCUCCGACGCCGUCCCCGCCUCCAAUCGGAUUGAGUGGCUUCCCUAGCAUCUUCAAGAAGCUCGGCAUCUUUGGCGGAUCUAACCUGGGAAAAAUCGCGGGCUUCCGUCACACUAGUGAACAAAGAUUGCUUCCUCUGGGCGGGUUCUUCAUCGCUCUUCUCUUUCUUGGCUGAAACCACGAAAGAUUUCUUGAGGCUUCUUCUGCUGGGAACGCCGCUACAAGUUGAGAGCUUGUGUGCACACCCAGUGUUUGUGAAAAUGCCAUUCUGUGGAGGUGUCAAGAUUCAUGAUGAAGCUAGAAAGUUUGCAUAUCAGACUGGUGUCAAUGUGGUUGUUGCCUAUGGUGGAGCACCCAUAAAUCAACAGCUUCGAGAGCUUGAGAGGGGCGUGCAUAUACUUGUUGCCACUCCUGGGCGGUUAGUUGAUUUAUUGGAGAGGGCAAGAGUCUCAUUGGAGAUGAUUAGAUAUCUGGCCUUGGAUGAAGUAGAUCGAAUGUUAGACAUCGGUUUUGAACCUCAGAUAAGGAAAAUUGUGCAACAGACAGACAUGCCUCCACCAGGCAUAAGGCAGACAAUGUUGUUCAGUGCUACCUUCCCGAAAGAGAUUCAGUAUGAAGAUUUUCUGGUUGAACUCAACCACUCAAGGUGUUAUGAUCUAAUAGAUCAGUAUUGUGAACAGAUCUCAACCAAUCUUCCAAUCAUGAGUAAACAGAGGGAAUGCCCUGAGGAUUGCAAGGAAGCCGUGUCGACUUUGAUGUUUGCAGCAGCAAGAUUUGGCGACGUGCCAGAGUUGCGCCAUCUGAAAAUCAUAUUUGCAGCAAGAUGCAGCAGCAAGAUGAAGGGCUAUUAAAAUGGUUCAUGAAUCCACUACGAAUGCAAAGAAAGGACGCAGUAAAACUGCUUGGGAAAUUGUCAAGGCUCCUCGUCAACCGGAUAGUAACCAAUGUGGUUUCUUUGUCAUGGCGUACAUGAAAACUUUAAUUGAGAAUAUGCCAGACUUCGAUGAUAAAAAUUAUGUUCAAGCACUGUUUCAACAAGUUGAUUAUGACAAAGAGGUUAUUGAUCUGGUGCGAUAUGAAUGGGCCGAUAUUCUAUCAAGGCAUAUAGAGUAGGUAUGAUUUGGUCAUUCGAACGUUGUGAUCAUCUGGACUUGAAUUGGUUCGGGGAAUUGUUGUAGUAGUAUUAUGACUUGGAUGAUAAUUAGAAUUGGUCAUGUGUUGUCUUUUGACUUGUUAUUUUGAACCUUA